AUGGAGCCGCGCAGUGAACCCCGGAAUCGAACGUCACCUGUGAAGGUGAAGAAAAAGUCCACCAAGCACACGGUCAAGUUUAAGGAUCAGAGCGACCAGGAGGUGCUGGUGGUGACGGUUGAGCCGCCGUCCCCGUCGACCGGCUCCCCGGAGCCCGCGAGCACCGUCACCUUCGCUCUGCCGCCGCUCGGUGCCCCGACCCGCGCGCCCAAACCUCCGCGCCCUCCGACCGUCGCGAAGCCCUCGAGCGAAACGCGGGCACCGCCCAGGAAGGACACCCCCAAGAAGGCACGGUCCGGCGAGCAGCGGUUGGCCGAAGGAUGUACCUCGCUAAUGUACGCCUGCCAACAGGGUCUUACCGGUGAUAUAUUGAAGGAACUGCGACAAAAGCCGAGCGCCGUACACCGACGGGACAGGAGCAACAAAAGUGCCUUACACUACUGCAGCAGCGCCCAGGACAUUGCGGCCGCCGCCAGCGUUGCCAUGGUGGCGCCCGAGCUGAUCGAGGCCGCCGACGAGGACGGCUUCACGCCGCUACACCUGGCUGUGAUACAGGGCAACCUGCAGCUGGUCAACCUGCUGCUGGCCAACGGGGCCGACGUCAACGCGCUCGACAACGAGGGUCACUCGGUCGUGCACUGGGCCACCGUGUGCGGCGAAGGGGAGGCGCUCCGGGCCGUCCUGGCAGCCGGGGCCGACGUCUCGACACCGGACAUCAACGGGGGCAGCCCCCUGCACUACGCGGCCCAGAUGUGCGGGGCCAACUACGAGGGCAAGACACCGCGCGCGUCCGCGAAGCUCGCGCUGGAGAUCCUUGGCACGCUGCUCACCCAUCCGGACACUUCCGGCGAGGUGGAGGACAAGGACGGCCGGCAGCCGUUGCUGUGGGCCGCAUCCGCCGGCUCUGCCAAGGCUGUCCUGGCGCUGAUCAAGGCCGGGGCCCACGUCGAGAGUGCCGACAAGGACGGCUUGACGGCGUUGCAUUGCGCGGCUUCGCGUGGCCACACCGAUUGCAUCGACACGCUGAUCAACCUGUGCGGAGCGCACACGGAUCAGAUCGACUCGAACGGAUGCACGGCGCUACACUACGCCGUGACGCUCGGACACGCGGACGCAACGUCGCUGUUGCUGCGGCUAGACGCGGACCCGAACCGGCAGGACCGGAAGGGCCGCACUCCGGCCCACUGUGGCUGCGCCAAGGGCCAGAUGGAGACGGUCAAGAUACUGCACGCCAAGCGAGGCAAUCUGUGGUUGCGCAACGCGAAAGGAGAUCUGCCGGUGCACGAUGCGGCCUGUUCCGGGCGCCGUCAGCUCGUCCAGUGGUUGCUGCAGCUGAAACCGAAGCACAUCAACACCCCGAGCAACGAUGGCCGCACGUUGCUGCACAUCGCAGCCGGACACGACAACGUGGACAUGUGCAAGUUGCUCCUGGAGCUCGGGGCCGACGUGAAUCUGCUGUACCGGCCGACUUCGAAGAGUGCCGCCCUGACGCCACUCGAUUACGCGCUGGCGAAGGGCUACCGAUCCACGGCCAAGUACCUGCAGGUGCAGGGAGGACUGCCGGCCAACAAGCUGCGGUUGUCGGGCCGCCAGGCGAAGAUCCUGCCCGAUCUGGACCGGGUCGAGCCGCUGAAGCUGACCGAGAAGGAGGAACUGAUCGACCUGAAGACCUCCCGGCGGUACAUCGUGUACCUGAACUCGAAUUCCGAGUCGGACGGCGGGGAGGACGAGCACCGGAAGAGCCGCCACAAGCGGAAACCGGCGCACGGGGGGCGUCGGGGCAAUCGGAGGACAAGCAGCUGCAGCGACACGGUGUAUCUGUACCGGGAGCCAGGACCGGCGACCGGAACGGGUGACCUCGGGAGGUCGCGGAGCACCGCCGAGUUGCGCCCGGCCUCGUCCGGGUCUUCCGCCUCGUCGACGGCCAGCACGAGCGGGUCGUCGUCGGAUGGCUGCUGUCGGCAUGUGCGGCGCCGGAAGCACCAGUGCUACAGGAAGUGCUCCUCGAAGCGCGGUUCCCACUCCAAGCACCGGGACCGGCACCGGGAGCGUGACGGGAGGGCACCGGAACGGGAGUAUGAGUUUAAGUACGCCGAGAAGAGCGGGGGCCCGGGUGGCCCCGCCCGGAAGCCGGGGGAGGGGUGUGGCAAGAUUGUCCUGAAGCAAAUCCACAGCGGAUCCUCGGAGAAUGAUAAUUCGCCGCCGGGCGCUGGGAACGGACCGGGUGGGGCCAAGGUGGGCGCCGGAGGGCGCAGUGCAUACCUUGGCCUUCCCACCCACCAGCAGGGCGCGGGGGUGUAUGAUCCUUCGGGGGGUGAUUUUUUAGACGAGGGCGCCUGCACCCGCACACCGCCGCGGGCCGAGUUCAACAUCCGGAAGGAGGUGGACAAUCGGAGCGAGAGCAAGUCGUCCGAUUCCGGCUCGACGAACAAGAAGAAGAAGGUGCGUGGGGUGGGGAAGAAGCAGGCGGCAAAACCGGCGAAGGCCACGAAGAAGCCGGACUCGCCGAGCGAGGAGGAACCCCCGCAGGCCAGCGGCUCGUCGGAGGUCGUGACCGAGGCGCAGGUGCACCCGGAGCCGGCGUCGGCGUCGGCGCCAGCGCCAGUGGUUCCGGCGCCGGAACCGGAACCGAUGAGCAAGUCGACGGAGGAUGACGGGGCGGCCACGGAUGCGACGUACACGAUCGAGCAGAAAACCCGGUCCGACGUCGAGGGGCUCAGCGAGACGGACGAGCGGGGCACGAAGGCCAAGCAAGCCAAGCCGGUCACGGAAACGAUCCGCGAAGAGGUAAAGGACGAGCAGGUGGCGGUGGUGGAGGUACGCCAGGAUCGGUCGGCGCUGCGGUCCGCCAAGGACGGCAAAAGUCGCUCCAAGUCGGAAUCGUCCGACAAGGAGGGAGUGGUGGUGGCAGCGCCCCCACCCCCACCUCCACCACCACCACCCCCACCACCUUCACCUCCUUCGGUGCCGGAGCCGGAACCUACCCCAGCACAACCAACACUGCCAGAGCCGACGCUCGUCGAAGAACCGACGCUGGAGGAGGACGCCGGGAGGGCGUUUGACAGUGAGUCGCUGAUAGCGGAAGAAUCCUUGCCACCGUUGGUGGACCCCGAGGAGCUGGUGGAAGCCCCAUCGGCCCCGCCGGCCCCGCUGGCCCCACCGGUCCCACCGGUCCCUGUUGAGCCGCCGGAGAAGCCUGCCGAAAGUUCGCCACCGGCAGCGGUGAAGUCCAGCGAAGAAAAACCCGAGGAGAAGCCUCCAGGCCCCGAGAAGGAGGAUAAGCCCACUCCAGCUCCGGCUCUGGUGGAGCCCAAAGAGCGACCGAAGCUGCGCCGCUCGGUCGAGUCCAAAAUGGAGAGCGUCGAAGAGGAACAACCGCCGGUGAAGGUCGAGGAUCCGGCCCCGAAGAAGCUAGAGGAACCCAGCCCGGCGCUGGACCAGGCGAAGGUAGACCAGACGCGGGGCUUUUUCGUGAACCUGGAAGACUCGGAACAGGACGACGAGAAGAAGAAGAAGAAGAUCAAAAAGAAACCGCGGCUCAAGGAGGGCGCCGACGCGGAGCAGCAACAGGAACAGCAGAGCAGCAAGGAUCAGGACUCGGGCUUCGAGCCGAGCCCGCAGGCCGUCCGCAGUAAGCCGACCGUGUUCGAGCGGCCGACCACGCACACGGCCACGUUGCCCCGCCGCUCCGCGUUUACGAUGAUCGAAGAGCGGGCCGUCAGUUCGAGGCCGGAUGGCCGGAAACCGGGCGACAAGAGCGCGGUCAACAUGACGACCGUCCAGCAGUCGAUCCAUCGCAACAUCCGCAGAUAUUAUAUGGAAAGAAAAAUUUUCCAACACUUGUUAGAACUGAAAAGCUUGCAAAUUCGGUCGACGAAAGUGAACGAGUCGGUGCUGGUGAAGCGGGCCGUGGACGACUAUCACCGGUCGACGAUCGAGCUCGGCUACGAGACGGGCAGCACGCUGAAGCGGUACCCGUACACCGAGUACUCGUUCCGGAACUUCGAGCUCUUCCUGUACGACACGCUCAAGAGCCUGCAGAAGAAGGAGACCUACAACUUCCAGAACAUCUCCGAGGUCUACGAUGAGGCCGAACGCAGACUCAGCCCGGAUGUCAGCCGGUACGAGCGGGCCCUGAACUGUACGACCAAAACACACCGCUGUCUUCAUGCGACCCACGCCUACACGGGCAUCCCCUGCGCAGCCUACAUACCGAUGAUGAACCAUCACACGAUACCGAAGCUCGGGUUCGGGCCGUACAAAUCGAGCUCGACCAGCGGGGUCGGGAGCUUCUUCCUGCCGAAAAUCCUUACGCACGCCACCGACCGCAGCUGCCCCGGAGGGAAGGUGGCCCUGGAGCUGACGCACGGCAACAGUAAGCAGGUCAUUUCACUGCCAUCGGAGAAGCUCGAUAGCAAUAAGCGAUACUACGUAACGUUUACCCUUAACCCCAACGCUCCCACUGACGGUGCACCUCCCUCGCCCGCAGGACCCCACGCCGGGCCCCAGCCCCACGAGCAGCAGCCCCACGAGCAGCAGCAGCCACCAGAUCGUGAUGCCCAAGAUAACGCUCAGCCACAGCGGCAACGGCAGCAGCACCCUCCAGGCCAGCACCUUUCAGCCGCGAUCCCUGCAGACCACCACCAGCAGCAGCAGCAGCCGCAACUCCGGCCACAACCUGCUGAGCCACAAUCGCAGCCCAGUGCCCUUCCCGCAGUAGCUCUGGAGGGAGCGCUAUCGACCUAG